GAGAAGAAGAAGAAGAGGAAAAACAAAAGCAGGCACAGACUCGGGGCUGUAACAUCAUCUGCCGUCUCUGCUUUAGUUUGCUUCAGUUCUGCCUCACAAACAUGUAAGUGGAGGCAGCAAGGUUUCAGCUUCUCUGGAGGCUUGUGUUGAGGAACAGCUGAUCUUAACGGACGCUGGGAAUGAGUGAGUUCGCUCGGCAGCUAAGCUAGCUGUGUGAGCUGUUAGCUCUUCUUCUGCGGACUCGCUAUCGUGUGACUGACUGACACACUGUGAGUUUGAUCAUCAGACAAAUUAACUCCGGGUAUCUGCUUCAUUCUGCCCGCUGCUGACCAACAGGAUACAGAUGGGAAAUCUGGGCAGCAGGUUCCAGUCCCCCUCUGAGGGACCAGAGGACACUAUAGAGGGCACAAGUACCAGCCGCAAGCACAGCUGUGAGUGCAAGAAGAGGAAAAGAAAUUCCCCGUGUGACUGUGACAGUGAACAAGAGGAGGAUGACACCUUAUUAGAUACACCUCGCAGGAAGAAACUGAAAAGCACAUCAAGGUAUAUUUAUCAAACCUUGUUCCUGAAUGGUGAAAACAGUGAUAUUCGCAUCUGUGCUCUUGGACAGGAGUGGAACCUACACAAACUGUACCUCUGCCAGUCAGGUUAUUUUUCCAGUAUGUUCAGUGGCUCUUGGAAGGAGUCAAACAUGAUGGAAAUCAACUUGGAGAUACCGGACCAGAACAUUGACACUGAAGCUCUACAGGUUGUAUUUGGAUCCCUGUACCGGGACGAUGUUCUGAUCAAGCCCAGCAGAGUCGUUAGUAUUCUUGCCGCUGCUUGUAUGCUACAACUGGAUGGGUUGAUCCAGCAGUGUGGAGAGACCAUGAAAGAAAACAUCAGUGCAAAGACUGUGUGUGGUUACUAUGCCUGUGCCAGCAUCUACGGGUUGGAUUCAGUCAUGAAAAAGUGUCUAGAGUGGCUUCUUAACAACCUGAUGACUCACCAAAAUGUAGAACUGAUGAAAGAACUUGGGGCAGAGGUGAUGGAGCAGCUCAUUCAUUCAUCAGACCUAUUUGUCAUGCAGGUGGAGAUGGAUGUAUACACUGCUCUGAAAAAGUGGAUGUUCCUGCAGCUCAAUCCAUCAUGGGACGGUCCCAUCAAGCAGCUUCUGGCUGACGCAGAUGCCUGGCUAUGCAAACGCAGGACGGAUCUGUGUGAGAAAGAGCCCUUCCUAAACACAGAUGAAGGUGCACAAUUUUGUUCCGUGUUCAAAUACGUCCGUCUCCAGUAUAUCAUCAACGAUUUGGCGUCUGCACGCGUCCUGGAGAGAGAUAAUAUUUUGCCACCCGAUUGGUUGACAUCAGUGUACAAAAACCAGUGGUUUGCUAUGCUCCGCACAGAGUUUGACAAUGACAAUGGUCCCCAGGAAGCAAACAAGGAUGAGUUUGAGCUGAGCAGUAUGAGGUGUGGAAGGAAACUGACAAAAGAUGGAGAUUAUUGCUGGCGAUGGACAGGCUUUAACUUCGGUUUUGACCUGCUGGUGACCUACACCAACCGCUUCAUCGUCUUCAAGAGGAAUACUCUGAGUCAGCCAUGUGGGGGCGCUGUAAGCCUGCAACCACGAAGGCAUUUGGCAUACAGGUUACGUCUUGCCUCCUUUGAUACUCGUGGAAAGUUGGUGUGCAGUCGCUCAACAGGUUACCAGCUUCUCACCCUCGAGAAAGACCAGGAGUAUGUGGUGAUGAACCUGGACAGCCGCUUGUUAUCAUUCCCCCUCUACGUGUGCUGUAACUUCCUGUACACAUCUCCCCAGUUGGACAACCGUCCCGAUUCCUCAGAGCAAGAAAGCUCUGCCCGCAUCGUGUCUUGAUGCCAGUCCAACAGUUUCCAUUCCCUUGGCAAUGCCGAGACACUGACACACGCUUGUACAGUACUGUAUGUACAGUUCCGCAUAUUCAACAGCAUUUCCACCUCAGACCUCUUGUCUUGCCUGUGACCAGCGAGGUGUGACCGGAAAAUAUUUUAUAACUAUGUAUUCAGUGUUUUGGCACAUUCAGGGUUACCUGUACAUGGAGACGCGUCACAGUGCCUUUUAGAGCAGCUUCACUUCUCCUAAGAUGUUUGUCAUUAACUGUCUACACUGAGAUCUUGCGACGUCUGUCAAAAAGGGAAAUCCUCCGUUCAUUUGAAAUGGUGGAAAUCCACUUUGGACUCCACUCUACAGAACUUUUUAAAUGGCUGCAUGACUUUUUUAGACCUGGUGUUUCACUGUACCCUGGGCAAUGAAAACGCCAUGGAACAGUUCUGUGUGUGUGCUCGGGGAGCUUUAUCAUUCUGGAAAUGUGGGAACAUCACCAGAGGGUGAAACUGAACCUUUGAAAAGCUUUGACAAACUGCAGAUGAACCUCAUGCUUUCUAUGAGAGAUGUAGAUGUUAUCUUUUGGAUUCUACAGUCCAUCCUAAUCCUGAUAGCUGCAUUAAUGAGAUUACUAUGAAUAUAUGAAAUGUUGAAAAAUAGUUGUGUAAAUGACUUGUAAUGGAUUUGGAUGUUUAUUUUUUAAAUCCAUUGCUUUCCUCCACUUAUGGGUGUGUUUGAACAUUCAACCAAAUCUGGUAAACCUUUUUUUCACUUUUGUUUUUAAUUGGCACUUGUACAGACCUGACUUUUACAAUUAUUUGUAUAUGCACAGUAUGGUAAAAAAAACAAUCUACACUUCUAAACACGUCAUAACGUCUGUUGUGAUAGAAUCCAAAGGGUGAACACGCAAGAGGGAGCGAUACGAGUUUCAUGCAUCUAUAACCCGCUGCUGUUUGAGAUUCAAUGGUGCAUUACACUUGAUUUUUAUCACCUUUCUCCAUCCAUCUUUCACAUCUUUACAUUUGGCACCAGCACGGGUGAUGACACUGAACAUGGUGAAAGCAGGAGCUGUUUUAAAUCUGAACUCCACUGGGUCCAUGGGUUAAUCUCACUUUGUUGUCUCAGUCUUAAAACAGUCCUGUCUGUAUGUUUUUCGUAAACCACAGCAAUCUUUUUACAAGGUGCUUUCAGAUUACAAAGAAAGUGGCAUCACUGCCCCCAAAGGACCUGACCGGACCUAACUGUAAAAUUAAAAAAAAAAAAAAAAAAAAUCACCUUAGGGUUAAGUGUAACUGAAUUUGAUUGCAGUAACACGAACCAACUGCUCUUUUUCGCAGUCUGCUCAUUUCAUAAUAUCAACUGUAUAUUGUGCUGUAUAAGUCUUUGUGAGCACAUUUUUUCCCAACCCCCUUUGCCACAUUGAGUCCAUUUAUAGUUAUGUUGUUAUUUUUUUAGUGGUUUCAAUUUAUUUUUGCAGUUUUGGACAUCUAUUACCUCAUGCUGAUGAAAACUGACGUGUAAGUCAUUCUUACUCAGUCUGACUUGCCUCUAAACUGACAUCAGGUUAAGACGUUACAGGUGUUUCUUUUUUAUUAUUUGGCAUUUAUUUAUUUUUUAUUCAUUCGUACUUGUACAGAGUUGUUUUUGCAAAGGUAAAAAUAUGUACUUACACCAUGUACUAUCGACUGCCAAUAAAAUGCCCAUAGGUGUGGGCUGUGGUGCUAUAUCCCAUGAUCUGUUUUUAUACAGUAGUAAUUAUUAGCUGUAAUGUAUAUAGCUAAAUAUUGAAUUUCAGUAGGAUGUUGCAUAUGUUGACAUGUUUAUGAUCUUUAGGUUUGACUCUGUUCAUUUGAGUACUGGACACCACUCCCACUGCCCAUGUUUACAACUGGAUUAUGUGAUGAUUAAUCUAGAAAACAUUUGUUGCAACAUAUUCAAAUCAAUAGAAAUCCAGCAACUCCUCUCACACAACAUAAUCUCUGCAGAGUCGGUCUGACAUUUUCUUUGUUAACUUGCAGAUUGUAGGAUUAGCACUAAUGAAUUAAUUAAUCCUUCUAUUCCGACAGGUUAGUAUUAAGCUGCAAGAUUUGCACAAGGUGCCUGGUGGAGAGAGAUUAUGAGUUUGAACAACCAUGUAAAAAGUCAAUUAAAUGUUGGUUUUCAACUCCUUCCUCAGUGGCUCAAAGGUCAGUUUUUCUUUAGACUCCUCACCUUAAAGUUAGUGCUCCUCCUUUUCUCAAGUUAUUUGUUAUUCAGAGUAAGAAUCUGUGUUUGUCCCCGUCCCUCCCAGAAAAGCAAAAAACAGCUGCAUUCUAGUAACUAUUAUCAGACAAGUACUUAUAUGCUGUGAUCUCUCAUUGCUAAUGUGUAUUAUUUCACUUCAUCAGCUUUAAAUCAUCUGCUGACUCUUAAUUCCUGGCCUAGGUGUAAUAUUAUUCUUUGUUAUUGAUAUGCUCAAAUCAACUGACAGGCCUUUAUACAUAAAAUGUGUUUCACAAGCUGUGAAGUAAAACAUUUGUGAAUUAAAACUGACAGUGAAUGAA